AUGACCGCCGAGCGCUUGACGCCGGAACCCAGGUCCCCGAACACCCCGCGUCCUGGCCCUGAAGCCGAAAAUGGCGGGCUCCGAGAUCGACGCCCCUCGCCGCCGACCAGGUCGCUGGCCAGCGCUCUCCGCGAGGCCGGCGUGACCCUCAACGCAUCGCAACCCGGGUCCGAGACGCCCAGCGAGGAGGACUACGACGAAAACGUCCGCCCCGCCUACGCGACCGGCGCCCACCUCCUCCACGACCGCCAGCAAUCGCCGCGCGCCCGCCAUGGCCUCUCCCUCGCAGCGGCCGACCAGCCGUCGUCGCCGACGCACCAUGUCCGCGCCGCCGUCGUCCGGGACAGCGCCGGCGUCCAUAUCCUGCCCGCGAAUGAGAGGGACAUCCAGGACCUCCUCCGCAAGAGCUCCCAGCGCGCCAAGGAUCCGCAGGCGGCCAGGUCCAGGGGCAGGUUCAGCGGGCUCGUCUUUACGCAGCAGUUCUCGGCUUUUGACCCUCAAAACGUGGCGGCGGCAAAUAGCCCCUUUCACGGCUUCUACGUCUUGUUUUGGCUGGCCGUCGCUCUCUUUGUCUUUAAGAUCUCGGCCGACAACUGGAGGCAGCACGGCACGCCUCUGGGGUCGAGCGACAUUAUGAAGACCAUGUUCCGCCGCGACGUCGUCGUCCUGCUCGUCUCCGACGGAAUUAUGUGCGCCCUGACGGGAGUCAGCUGGGUGAUUCAGAAGUUCGUAUUCUACGGCUAUCUGCACUGGGACAGUGGAGGAUGGAUCAUCCAAAACAUAUGGCAGACGGCAUUCAUCGCCGGCGUUGUGAGCUGGACCCUCGUGCGCGGCUGGCCGUGGACGCACACCGUCUUCUUCGUCCUGCACGGCCUCGUCAUGCUCAUGAAACAGCACUCGUACGCCUUUUACAACGGCUACCUCUCCACCGUCCACGACAGGCGCCUCUUUCUGCUCUCCCAGCUCAAGCGGCUUGACCUCGUCGACCCGGCCAGCAACCCCAGCGCGACGGCACCCUCGGCCUCGGCCGUUGAUACGUCGCACCUCGACGAGGCCCCCUCGUCGGCAGCGGCGCAGCAGCGUCGGCGUCGGCGGCUCUCCGCCUCGCAGCCGCAGCAGCAGCAGCACGAGGCCUACGAGGCCGACAUUGACCAGAUUGCGCAGGCCGUGGCCUCGAGGCAGCCGCUCGACGAUGAGCGGAUCCGACUCUUUGGCCGCGCCAUCCGGAGGGAAGUAGACGCCCUGGCCGACGAGCUGCGCGGCACCGCUGCCGAUGCGUUGAGGGCGUAUCCCAACAAUCUCGGCUUCGUGAGCCACUACCGGUGGAUUCCUCUGCCGACUGUCGUGUACGAGCUUGAGUACCCGCAGUCCGAGUCGAUUAGCUGGGCCUACGUGGCCGAGAAGGUCGUCGCCAUGGUGGGCAUCAUAUUUGUCAUGAUUCAGGUUUCUCAGUAUUCCAUCUACCCCGUCGUGAUGAAAACCGUCGAGAUGAAGGAAGCCGGCGUACCGCUCUCUGGCAGAGUCAGAGAGUUCCCCUGGCUGCUGAGCGACCUCAUCUUUCCCUUUAUGAUAGAGUAUCUGCUCGUGUGGUAUCUCAUCUGGGAGACCAUCCUUAACAUCCUCGCCGAACUGACCUACUUUGCCGACCGAAGCUUCUACGGCCCCUGGUGGAACAGCGUGUCCUGGGACCAGUUCGCCCGCGACUGGAAUCGCCCCGUCCACAUCUUCCUCCUCCGCCACGUCUACCACAGCUCCAUCUCCUCCAUGAAAGUCAACAAGCAUGCCGCCACCCUCAUCACCUUCUUCUUCUCCGCCUGCGUCCACGAGCUCAUCAUGCUGUGCCUCUUCAGGAAGCUCAGGGGCUACCUGCUCAUCCUGCAGAUGUGCCAGCUGCCGCUUGUAAGGCUUAGCCGCACCAAGUGGCUCAAGGGCCGCAAGACGCUGGGCAAUUUCAUGUUUUGGCUAGGCAUCUUUACUUGUCCAAGUCUUUUGUGCAGCUUGUACCUUGUUCUUUGA